UUUGGGAUUGAAUCCCGAGGUGUGGGAGCUUUCCGAGCUCCCUGCUGGAGCUCACAGGCUGGGUUUGGGAUUGAAUCGCGGGGUGUGGGAUUGAAUCACGGGGUGUGGGAGCUUCCCGAGCACCUCUCUCCCUUUUAUGUGCGGUGUCCCGGUGGAGCCUGAUUGGCUCCACACCCUGCGCCGCUUCCAGGUUGGCGUUUCCUCCUCCCGCAGCCAGGUAAAGCCUUCCCGACCCGGCACCGGCCUCCCACCAGCGCAGCUCGCUCCGGCUCGCUUCAGGGUUUUUUUUUUUUUUUUUCCCUUCCUUUUCCUUGUUUUCCCCCCUCUUUUUCCCCGUUUUCCCCCGUUUCCCGGGCCGGGGCCGUCCCCGCCGGGGGGGAUGAGCAGCGGGCUGGUGGACGCGGCGGUGUUGGCACCGCUCAAACCCGUCAGCAUGUCCGGGGACCCCCACGAGGACACCCCGGUCUUCGAGGACAUCAAAGCCCCUUCCCGGCCCCUGGAGAACCCUCCCGACCUGGCACAGCUGCACCCCAUGAGGAUGGACCAGAGGAUGCCCCCGCUCAUCCUGGAGGCACGCUCGGAGAUGGACAAGUACCUGUCCAGCGAGGUGCCGCCCGUGCCCAUGCUCCCGGACAAGAAGUACCGCCGGGAGAGCGCCUCGGUGGUGGACGAGUUCUUCUCCACAGAAAAACCCAGCUCCGCGCCCUACAGCGUCAACAUCAACGUCAUCCUGCCCGACACCACCCACCUACGCACGGGGCUCUACCGGCCCCCCAAACCCAUGGCCCCCUUCCCUCAGAUCAAAACCGAGCCCGGCACUGGCUUCUCCCAGCCCUGCUCGUCCUCCUCCACGCAGACCCUGCCUGAUUUCACCAGCGUGUUCAGCAUGCCCCAGUCCGUGGCGGCCAACAACAUCUUUGUCAAGCAGGAGAUGCCCACGGAGAUGCCCCUGCCCGCCCACCCGCAGCAGCCCCAGCUCUUCCAGCUGCCCCUGGGAGCUGCCAGCGCCGACAUUCCCAGCCUGGCAUCCUCCUCCAGCAGCAGCACCACGGCCAUCAGCUGCCUCAGCGGGGUCACCAUGUCCACGGGCUCCGUGGCCAGCGUGGCUCACAGACCCGUGCAGCCGGCGGGGCCCCUCAAGCAGUACCCGCACGUGGCCCAAGGACAGGGAAGCUUUGGGAACAUCCCCGGGCAGUUCUACCCCUCUCCAGGGGUGACUCUGCCCCCCUCGCCCCCCAACUCGCAGCCUGGCAGCCCCGAGAACCAACCCGAGCUCAUCAACACCAUCUCUCCCCCGCCGUCCUACGAAGCCACUUUUGGACUGAAGCUGGUCCAGUCGUCCCAGAUCCCCCCAGUCCCCAACGGGGUGGGGGGCCUGUCCCAGGGGCACAUUGUGAUGCAGCCCCCCAAGUACAACCGGCGCAACAACCCCGAGCUGGAGAAGAGGAGGAUUCACCACUGUGACUACCCAGGUUGCUCCAAGGUUUACACCAAGAGCUCCCACCUGAAGGCUCAUCAGAGGACUCACACAGGUGAGAAGCCCUACAAGUGCACGUGGGAAGGCUGUGACUGGCGCUUCGCCCGCUCGGACGAGCUCACCCGGCACUACCGCAAGCACACGGGAGCCAAACCCUUCAAGUGCAUGGCGUGCGGCCGCUGCUUCUCCCGCUCCGACCACCUGGCCCUGCACAUGAAGAGACACCAGAAUUAG